AUGAGUCGACAGCAGCAGGAGUCGCAGGGAGUGGUUUUAACGGGUUACCACAGCAACGCCGAGCUGUUGCCGAAAACUGGACCGUGCGUCUCGAGCUGUCCGUCAGCACAGGGGCACGAGCCCAACCUGCACAGGUGGGACACAUCAGUGUUGUUAUCGCUUUAAAUGUGGGCGGCAGGUUUGUGUUUAUGUGAGUGUGAGUGAGCAAAGGUCGCUGCUCUGGAUGUGUUGUUCCUCAGUCUUUUCGGCUUGGAGCAUGUUGGUGCAGAAAACUUGAAUUAAAGUAACCUCCUUUAUCAUGCUGACUGCAUCCUUUCACAGAUAAAGUACAUAGUAGUUUACUCACUUCAAAGCAGAACCUGGGUAGCUACACCUAAGCAGGCUCUUUUCAUGUUGGGGCCAUCUCCACCCUUGGCCUUGGGUUAUGUUUUUUCCUUUUUCGUGCCUUUCUUAUCAGCAGGUUCACCUUGACUUUGUUACACUAGCUCAGACUUGAUCAUGUUUACUUAGACUCCACUGUAGCUCUGAGAAACCAUACAUUUCCUCAAUAACAUUAGGCUGAUUGUGUCCUUAUGGGGCAAUGAUUGCUGUAUUGAUAUUUUUAAGAAAAUAUUUCAUGGUUAAGUUUGCUCAGUUUGUGGUUUGAAUGAGUGGAAAUUCAGUGUUUUGGGGAUUAAGACCACGCUUUAGCGCCGAGGAGAUGAUAAAGGGCCUAAUUUCACAUUUGAUAGCAGGAUGAUGCUGACCUCUUAAUUACAGAAGACUAGGGCUGUGUCCGAAAUGAAUCACUCAAUCCCUAACCCCUAACCCCCAUAUGGGAUUUUACUUUAUAGCUGACUAUGUAGUGAACCCAAUCACCAGAGGUUUCGGACACUACAUGGCAUGACGGGAUGCCCACCAUCGGUGAGUGACCAUCGGAUGGUCACUUCAUUUUGCAAUGCUUUAUGGGAAAUUUUGAGUCGCCUAUAUAGGGCACUGGAAUUGAUUACUGAGGUUUCGGACACUCCUCAAAAUGGCGCUAACCCCCAUGUAGUCACCUAUAUAGGGGUUAGGGAUCCAUUUCGGACACAGCCUAGAUCUCCAAAAACAACUUAAUUCAUCUAAAAGGAUAUUCCGGCAUAAAAUUAAUUUAGGGUCGAACACACCGUAACGGUACAAACAAGCGGCUGCUGGAAGAGAGUAGGUGAGUCGUGUUUAGUCUCUUUGCUGAAGAAAUAAGGAAAAGUUAAAAAGAUGUUUGGUGGCUAGUGCUGUGGCUGGGACCCUAUAUGUACUGUUGAUGAAGUUAGGUGCUGUUCUGAGCAUUAUUUGUGACUAUAGAGUGGCGUUUUGGUUGAGGUUUGUGUGUGGCUCCAUAGACUGACGUGUAUUGCCAUCGUGCAGUCGUUACUAUAGUUGUCAACUAGAAAAGCAAGCCGUUGGCAACAUUUAUCUCUUGAGGGCGUCUAACUUUGUGUUGUGGUGUGUUUGACCCUAAAUUAAUUUCACGUCGGAAUAUCCCUUUAAGAAAAAGUCAGAAUUAUAAAUGUUUAAACAUGGUAUGUCCAUAGGAAGUGGGUUUGCCAUUAUGCAAGGAUUCUCACAGUAGGAGCAGUGUCCAAAGCAGGUUCUUCAAAGUUGGCCAAGAGCUGUACCAUAGGUGUGUAAGGUUUUGGGUCACCUAAUGGUCAAAGAUUUUCACUCCAUAUGAAGAGGAAAACAUUGUCAAACUGAAAAAAUCUGAUGGUCAUUUUGAGUCUCCUGAAUGGCUGCAGUUUCUCCUGUCAAAAGUUAUUCUCUGAGAAAUUCUUACAGUGAGGUUGAGGGAAAAGACACAUUUGGAGUCACCGUCGCAGAGGAAACUCUGAGCAGGAACUGCUCUCAGAUGGAAACAGAGUCUUUUAUUUAUAACCAAAGUUCAUUUGUUUAUUCCUUCAGGCCACACUGUCUGAGAAUCCAGUUCAUGUUUAGGUCUACAAACAACCGCUGUCAACAACCAUGGUGUGCUGCGAGUAAAUAAGUCAGAGUGUCCCAGCAUUCAAAUGGACACACCUGCAUCUGUCUCUGAGUGUGUAUACAGUUUAUUUAUGUGCAUGUGUAUGUGUGUGUUCCAGAUGGCUCGUCCAGCUAGCUGCAGAAAAACAGCAUCACAUUACAGCCUGCUUUUGUCUCACCUCCCACAGAAGAGUGUGUGUGUCCUGUCUAGGCUGACAUUAAGGCUUAGUUUGGAGCUCAUUGUUUCCCCUGGUCAGGAAAUGAAAGACAAGGAGACACAGUCAGAAAGACGGACAAAGAGACAGACAGGAAGCUCCUGGACUUUUUCCAGCAACGGACAUCUAAGCUAAGCACCCUCUGGUUAUGUGUCUCCCGGGAGUUUGACAUGAGGAUGUAUUUCAGUUUGAGUUUUGGCGCUCUUAUUUUUGCCUUAAUGGGCGGCAUAUCUCUAUUGUGUUUUCCAUUGUGUUGUAUUUCCACCUUUUUGUAGUGUGACUGAGUGAAAAAGUAGUCAGUGGACACACAUGGUUUGGAUUAAUUCACCCUGUGGUGCAACAGAGAGGCAGCAGAAACACAAUGCCUCACAGGAAAUGACAUCUGCAGAGAGGAAGACGAGCUGUGAAAGGUUACAAGAUGCUAAACCGGCAAGUGAAGAAGGAAAGUCAGGGUAACCACGACUCAGAUUCAGCCUUGCCACGCUUUGAAAAGGACAAUAUCUGGAGAUGCAGAUUCAAGAUAGACUAAAAGCUCAAAGGAACAGAUAAUUUAGUGUAGUGUAGUGUAAUUCGUCAUUGCCAAGACUGGUUACUUUAAGAGGGGAACACAGGCAGCCUCUGUUCUCCACAGAGGGCAGCUGGCACCUGUUAGUAUGAAUAGAAAUACCACUAAUACCAUAUCCUCCUUCCCUCUCUUAUACUGGCAGCAAAACAUCCUCAGCUGUCCAUUGUUGAACAACAACCAUCUCCAUGACUCAUCUAAAAAGUUUUGCACAGUUGGCUCAACUAACCUAUAUACACUUUUUUUCCAUCUGAAAGGAGAAAGUAGGUGAAGGUAUUAGUGGAGGUCCAAAAAUUAAUCAAAUGAUCAUUUUUGUCAUAGAUUUAGCUGCCAAACAGGGUGUGUUAUCAUUAUUUGUUGCACAGCUGAACACAGUGGAAGUCUGUCGAUUCCAUGCAGCAUCUAUAUACAGAAUAAUCUCGUUUUAAUCAAAGACUCGGGUGGACUAAGUCUCCAUCUGCCAAAAGAAAACUAGUUAAUUAAAUGUUUGUUUGAGGACAGAAUGAGCAAAAGGGAAGAGAUGAAAACGGCUGAAUAAGCAAGAGAGAUGAACGACAAGAAAGUGUUGUACAGAAGUUGUAGCGACUGCUUUCCUUCAACAAAAAAGGCAGCUGGGGUUCAAGUUCGCUUGCAUCUGUAACGCGUUUGAAUAAUCAGUCCGGAGGAAAAGAAAACACGUUGUGCCGGGUCUAAAACUGUGCCUUCAAAUGAAAAGGUAAUAUACUGAAAUGAGGUUAAAACAGGAUGAGUCGAACAGUGAAAAACGAUGAAGGAACAUGUCAUGGAUCCAAGCAAACCUAAACCACAGCUGCCUUUUUUUGUUGAAGGAAAGCAGUCGCUACAACUUAGUCAACAGAAAAUUAUCAGAGCUUAUCACGAUCGUUGUCUGGCUACACUGGUGAGAUUUAAAUAACCCGCCAAACAUACCAAAACCACGACCAUUUAGUGGCGAUCCCCGCAAGUGACGUACCAAGAAGAAAUCAAACUCAACAAAUAUAUUUUGGCUUCUACAGAAGUGAUGAUGGCAUGAACUGGCAACUCAGAGGAUAUGGAAUAGUUUUAAAAGCUGACAAAUAACAAAGACUGAAUGACGAGGCAGAAAAACUCAAUGAAAUGCUUCACCGAUUCAUGCAGAUUCACCUUGUUUGACCUCCCCACCAGAAGAAAUGUUAUAUUGUUCAUUUAUAAAUUGGGUAGCCAUGCUUUAAGCAACAAUAACGGGUAAUCCUCAGGUUCUGUCAAAGCGAGACGAGAACCCUCUGAAGGUUUUGGGGUCCUUCUGUCCCUUCCACGUAUCCAACCUGCUGGAACAAUCUCACUUUUUGUCAUCCCAUACUCAGCACCUGAAAGCUUAAAAAGUUUCCUCCUGACUCACUGAGCUCACAGUGCUGCUGUAACUUCUUGUCCGCACCUCUUCUUGCGUUAUCUGCUUACACACACAACUUUACUUUCAGUCCACGGCUCUGAGCCCGUGAUAAAAGGCGAGGAUAAAGGCACACACAGUCGAACAAAAACACAGAGGGGCUGCUUUCCUUUAGCGGUUGUUUGUGCAAAAGAAUGUGUGAAAAUGUUUGUUUUACUCACAAAGGCGGCUCACCUGACUUCAUUGAGAGUGUGUACAAGAGCAAAGCCUCGUGUACUAUUGUGUGUGAAACUUAAAGUAUACUGUUUGCAUUUUUGUGUUGUUUUUUCACCGCUUGUGAGGAUAGAUGGCCCCACUCCAAAUCAUACACACACCUCAACACCUCUGUAUGCUACUGUUUUUGUAAAUCAUCGAAGGAUACAUUUAGUUACUUGUUAUAGAUAAAGAUUGAUUAAUUGACUGGAAGUAUUGGUUAGAUUGUUAAAGGGAUAUUCGAUGUAAAAUUAAUCUAGGGUCAAACACACCGUAAUACUGAGUUAGACAUCUCAAGAGAUAAAUGUUGCUGACCGCUUGCUUCUCUUGUUAUACCAGCUUUAGUAACGACCACAUGAUAGCAAUACAGAGCGGUCUGAGGAGCCAUAAACAAACCUCAACCAAAACACCACUCUAUAGCCACAAAUAAUGCUCAGAACAGCACCUAACUUCAUCAACAGUACAUAUAGGGUCCCAGCCACAGUAUUAGCCACCAAACAUCUUUUUAGAUUUGGCUAAUUUCUUUAGGCAAAGCGAGACCUAGGACUAGUCCAUCAUUGACUGUUGUGGGGUGACGCAGCUCAAGGAAGAACAUUUAUGAUCAUUUCUUCAUGGAAAUGCAAUCAGACCGAGACGCUAAGGCAGAAGAACUACUGCAUCUGCAGUGCAAAAUGAUUAAUAUGAUGAUUAUUACUUCAAGGAAAUGAUAAAGUAAUGAUCAUAAAUGUUCUUCCUUGAGCUGCGUCACCCUGCUGUAGUCUGUAAUGGACUAGUCCGAGGUCUCGCUACAAACAAGCGGCUGAUGGAAGAGAGUAGGUGAGUUGUGUUUAGUCUCUUUGCUAAAUAAAUUAGGCAAAGUUAAAAAGAUGUUUGGUGGCUAGUACUAUGGCUGGGACCCUUUAUGUACUGUUGAUGAAGUUAGGUGCUGUUCUGAGCAUUAUUUGUGGCUAUAGAGUGGCUUUUUGGUUGAGGUUUGCACUUAAAGACAGCUGUGUAUUGCUAUCGUGUGGUUGUUACUAAAGUUGGUAUAGCUAUAGAAGCAAGGGGUCGCCAACACUCAUCUCUUGAGGGGGUGUCCAACUCGAUGUUAUGGUCGGUGCGCUUGACCCUAAACUAAUUUUACGCCGGAAUAUCCCUUUAAUUUGCUGUUUGUGAGAAGUAAGGCAUUCAUAGAAGGACAUAUUUCACCCUGUUGUCAGGUCCUUACAUUGAAAACCCUUAAUUGGCGUGCAAACAAAAGUCAGAAGAUGAUUAACUUUGAUUCAACCUCUGAAGUACCAGGAAUGUUUGCAGUAUGUCUUCACAGCCAUGUAUCAAACAGUUGUUCAGAUAUUUCCGUGUUUACCAAAGUGGCAGCAGAGGUUUAUUUCUCAGAGCCUCUUAACCUCACUGGCGUAGCUAAAAAUAGCACAAAUGUAAGCCAGGGAGGAGCACAUCAAUAAAGGAGAAUCACAUCAGGGAGCCAAGCCAGUAUGUACAGAGACGCUGCAUUGUGAAGAGAUAAUCCGCCUUUCAGUCACUCACAAUGCUGUAAAAAAUUAUUAGUGUGUUAAAAUGUUUGUGUGUGUGUGAGAGUGUGUUUGCUAAUGUGUGAUUUAUGGUUCCUCAGAUUGUUGCUCUGCAUUAAGGUCAAUGAUUAACUCCCACUCUGAGGUCAUCUCUACUUCAGAGGCAAACGCCUUAAGUCUGAGUGAAAACAAGAACAUUUCUGCCAUUCCUCAUCAAUGAAAACAUCCAAACUGCUGAGUCGUGAGUGAAGCCAAGAAGAAAAACGACCCCCCUAGGUUUGCUGUUGGCGAAACAAAAAAGAGACAGACGGUAUGUUUCGGCUUGUGUUAUCACUCAGGGGGUGUUACGAAACCCCCAUGGGUGAAGUAGAAGUGAGAGGAGGAGGAGGGCAGAAAUGAGACUCAAAGAUAAGAAGAGAGAGAGAAGAAGGAUUUUGGUGAGAUACUUGUUCUGGAUCCAGAUCAAAGUGUUGCACCGGUGUUUUAAGUGUGUUCAAAGUGUGUACGUGUGUCAGGAAGUCUGCUGUGGUAUGUGACCUCAACUCAGCAGGAGCCCCUUAGGCUAAUACCCUACUGUUAACUCCAAAUUAAUUAAUUCAGGACAUUAACUCCAUGCUGUUUUUGUCUGACUGCCCGGUGAGCCUCGCAGGCUGUUUUGAUGGCUUAUUAUCCCAAACAAAUCUCUAACUAGAACUCUGUGUUUUACAUUUCUACUUCAAACUACAAAUACUGACCAUAGAGUAUUUCUUAAUUGUUUACGUCUCAGUAUGCUUAAUCUUGUCUUGAACUUGACAGAAACAGCUGACACGUCCACUUUCAGCUGUAGCUGCAGCAUCAGGGAUUUAGUUUCUUCUUAACUGUGCUGCUGAUACAAAUACACAGCCCUGUAUUUUUCCUCACUGUGUGUUUGAAUAGCAGAGACCAGAGCGAUGGUUGCAUGAAGCGCAGAAGCUGCUCUACGGUCAGAUGUACGUGAACAAUGCUGCUCAGUCCUUGAUAACUCUGCAGCCUGAGGUGGAGGAUGAACACAGAGAAUGUGCUGAGUUCGAGUGCCUCUUCCUGUCUGAACAAAGGAAGCAUGUAGUCGGACAUUGUCGACACCAAAAAGGGACUCUUGUUUCCUGAAGAGACUAACCCUGAAACUGUCAUAAGGCCUGAAAGCAUGUCUGAGAUGGAAAAACAACAUAAACAGAGUCAAAAUUCACAUUUCUAGGUGAUGUAGGUUGUGUGUUUGUGCACAAAGCUGACAGUAUUUCAUAUGUAAAUUAACUACCUGUUUUUUUUUUUUUUUUUUUAAGUAAAUGGAAAGUCAGGCCCUGCCUCCCAAAGUCCCUGGGCCAUUACGAAGUACUGAGCGGGGGAUGUCCAAGGGGUUGAACUAAAUUUACAUCCUUGUUCCUGGGAAAGUUCCUGCGAUAAGGGUUAGAGUUAGAAAAGCAGAUUUUGGCUCUUGUGUGUUUUUAAUGUCUAGGAGCAAUAAGGGGGUUUGUUUGUUUGUGUGUUUGUUUUCCUACCACAUCCAUUACCCGGCCUGUCAUUUUCAUCUCUGCCUGUUGACACUGUGGCAAAACAUUCAGUUUUUGUCUCAGUUACUGGCCACAGCAGCCAACAGGAGCAGAGCUGAUAUGUACAUCUGUAAUUUGCUAAACGCUGAUGGUUUAAGUUGUGGCAUUUGUGGGUGAAGAGCUGAACCCUGAGAAUGAGGAGAGCUGAAUGAGACAACAAUACAAACAGAUGUUCCUGCAGAAGUAGUGAUGGGCACGGCAGUUCUUUUAGAUGUACUGAAUCACUAGAAUCAGUUCACUCAAAAGAUUUGUUCACCGAAUCACUGAAUCAUACAGCGCUUGGUGGGAGGAGCCUGCAAGAAUUCGCACUGAACAUGCACCGUUCCUUCAAGAAUCGCUGCAAGGAUAGGAUCAACCAGUCACGCAUUUCUCAAACUGCGGGUUUUCUUCACUACUUGUUACAUGCUGUGUCCUACUGUAUGCAAGUUGUUGUGGCAAUUAAGCAGAGUUAAAAAAAGUCUGUUUUCUCUGAGGUACACUAUCUCCCGCCAUCACUCCUGUCAAGUUUGUUUAACUGGGAACUAAAUCUGUGAAAACAAUGGGGAACAACUAUUCCCAUGAAAGUGUGUCCCUUAGUGAUUCAGGCAUCGGCACGUGCGGUCCCUCGCUCGCCGGCUGCUUACCCAGCAAUGCUGCGUGCUAUAAGCUACGCUACUGACAGCUCAAUGAACGAAUCACUUGAGGAAGUGAUUUGGUUCAGUACGUUCACUUAAAAGAUUCAGUUCUACUGAACAAAUCGUGAUAAAGUGACAUUCAAGGGACUUAAUAUUUGAGCUUGGUUAUCAAAGUUUUUAAUCAAUGAAAUAUUUUGUGUCAACUUGAUCAGGUCUAUAUUAAGUUACCUUGGCAUUAAGCAAGUAGGUAAGAGAAGACUGUGUACAAAUGUGUGUUUGAAAAUAUAAAGAUAUUCGCUGCACAGUAAGAAUCAGAAAAACAUUUUAGUUUCGAUGUUUCUGUGCCAGUCUUGUCUCAUCUGUGUUUCCAAUCUUUUUGCAUAUUAUAACACAUUUAAUGACAGCCCAUCACGUCAUAACAGUUAAAAUAUAUGCCUCUGCUUUGCCUUUUAGUGUGUCUGUCCAUGAAAGUAGAUAUUAUUUUACAGCCCUGCAGUGACUAACACCUGCAUGUCUUCAUCUUCUCCAUAAUUAGCGUUCACAGCUUCAGCUGGGCGAGACUAAACACCACCAUCCACCUCAUGUUGAGAUGAACUGACUGAGUUAAGCUAUCACACAGACGUCUGUGCCAGCUGCUGCUAUUCUUAGUCUCCAGCUGGAAAUUCAACACACUGCUGUCUCCGCUUCAGCGAGAAACACUGACCGACUUCUCUCUGUCUGACUCACUGACCAACAAGUGUCACAAGAUAUCCCUGCUGCCUGUUGUGUUACUAAGUCAACAGUUUACCACACCUCUGUAAAGAGCAUAAAAACACAAACAGAUACCAGAAAAUCCAAUGUUACGAUCCUGGAGUGUUUUAUUUUAUUGAGAGGUGCUUGUGAGAGACGUUAAAAAGGCAAACAGCAAAACUGGAAGUGAAACUGUUUGCAGUGAGCAAGUUUACAUAAGGCUUGUGAGCUUUUUAAUCAAGAUUUAUUGUUCUGUUAGAGAAGUUGGACAUGUUCUGUCAUGUCUAACAUACAGGAGUAGAUACGUACACUAAAUUUUACUGACCUGUCUUUACUUCUCUGUCUUUUUAGUCGCAGAACAGGCCACUAUGCAGUCCAGCAGAACCAAAACACACAGCAUGGAGACAAAUUUGGAUCUUCCUCAUCAGCCAAAUCUAUAAAAACCACCAUAACAGACCCAUCAUCGCAACCCAUCUCGAGUGCAGCUGCUUGCCCCAGGUCCCAGGCGUCCUCCAGCCCUAAACCGGGCUCCAGCCCCAGACAUAGUCCCAACUCCAAAUCCAGAGCCCGGCCUCCAUGUCAGCGCUACAACUCUCAGGUAAACUGUGAUUAACCAGGACAUUUACUGUUACUUUGUGAGGUUAAACUGUUAAAAAUUCACAUGGGGUUUGGUGUGCACGCCUAUAUAGACAAGCAGAUUGAACUGGAGUAUCCUGCUCUGAUGUCGGCUUAGAUUUUGAAUGUUUUCAUUCAUUUUUUCAAUUUCUUAUGAAGACGUGGGGUUUCAUGUUAUCUGAGAAGCAGAGCAGCCAGUUGUGACCACGUCCAGGACUUGUUCUGGCUGGUCUUGAAUUCUUUGCUUGUCUUUCUUGGCAUUUUUCAUCUAAUCUAAACACACAAAGAAGCUUUCAAAAAAAAGAAAAAAGCUUCAGGUAUGACUGUUUCCUGACUAAUAUGUUGUCGGGCGUCUUUUGCAGGACUCUCUGGACGAGCUGGAGAUGGACGACUACUGGAAGGAGGUGGAGAAUAUUACUCGCUCGGGUGGAGGAGCAGGGAGAGGCGAAGGUGGAGGAGAGGGAGACGUGCAAGAAGAAGAGCAGCAGAAAAUUCCUGAGGGUGAGAUACACGUUUAAGACGUAGUUUGCUUCUUUUAAAGUUGUAGGGGACCCUUUAGUGGUCGGUUUGUAUCUCAUACUAAUAGAAUAGAAUUCAACUUUAUUGUCAUUGCACAUGUCACAAGUACAGAGCAACGAAAUGCAGUUUGCAUCCAUCCAGAAGUGCUUAGCAAGUGUAAAUAUAUUUACUAUGAACAGAUUAUACAUAUGGUUAAUAAUAUGAAGGCUAUAAACAGACUAUAAAUGUAAUUAUAUGAUGGAAAAAUGAUGCAGUAGUGCAAUAUUGGAUGUAUUUACAGUAGUGCAAAUGAGGUUUAAUUAUAGAUAUAGAUAUAAAGUGCAGGUAACUUAGUGUAGCAGGUAUUAGUGUAGCGCUACAGUUGAUUUGUGUCUGUUUAUGAUCUUUUAGUUGAUUAUUGUUCCCCCUUUUUGUCUUCAUGGUGGUUUUUCAUGCAUUUUUUGGUUGCUGAAUUAACUUUUAGAUAUCAAACUUUCACCGUUUCAAAAAGGGUUGUGACUUUUUGGUGGCUUACAUGCAAAAAAUCAUUCCUGAAAAAGUUGGGAAUGCGAAAAGAAAUCUAAUUUUCUAAAUUUGCUGAAUUUCAAUAAACCAUCUUUUUGUGAGGCUGUUUCCUGUUUAUCUGCAUCUUUCUGCUCGCUCAGAUUUGAGUCCCCUCACAUAAGAGGUAGUCAGGUCUUGUGUAUAUAUCUGCGGGUCUUACUCAGUCUGUUUAUAAAGGCUAUUGUUCUUUCAAACAAACACAAUCUUCCUGUAUAAUAUGUGUGUACAGUUUGUCAGAGGUUACUCCUUUCCCUUUCCUGCAUCUAAAGAACAGCCCCGAGUGUCUUUUGGCAAGCUAAGUUGAUGCUUUACUCACUGAUUUAGAAAGAUCACCAUUUUUAAAAUGUGUCCUCUAAUUUCUUUUUCAGAGGGUGAACAGGAGGAGGCGUGGCUGACAGAGGCGGGGCUAGCAAGGCUGUUUGAUGAUUCAGUGGCAGCUGAUCAGGACCAGGUAUCAACCAUGUUAUUCAAAUAGACAGACCUGAGUCACGGCAGAACAGUUUCAUGUUCAGUUUCGUGUUUCAGUGUGUGUACGCUGCAUUAGUUCAUUUCAUUUCAUAGUUUAUUUCAUUCAGUUAACAUUUAAAACAUUCAAUACAAACAAGGAAAAAUGCCAAAUAUGUGAAUGAAAAAGGAGCAGAAAGAAGAAACUCAUUCGAUAACUGCACGAGGCUAUGGUAGCUGCAGUGCUCCAACAAGCCAAAUGAUUUUAAGUGUGCCUUAUAGUGCGAAAAAUACGGUAAUACUGCUGUAUGGAAACUGUUGAGUCGUGUUUGACCCUGAGUGUUUGACUGACAGGAGGAAGACAGCGCAGUGUUCCUGUCCACGCUCACCAGGACUCAGGCUGCGGCUGUGGAGCGGCGCGUGGCAUCACUGCAUCAGACGCUGCGAAGACGCAAUCGACAACACGUCCCUGAUGUCAGAGACAUAUUCAGACCCCCUGAAAAGGUCAGAAGAGGCUCACGCAGAACAUUAAAAAUCAGAUCAGAAUCAGAAUCAGAAAUACUUUAAUAAUCCCCAGGGGGAAAUUGCUUUUGUCACAGUACUCCAGUGCAAAUACAGUAAAAAGAGGAGAUAAAUAAUAGAUAAAAUAAGUAAAAAUAAGUACCAAAAAAAGAGAGAUAAAUAGAGACAAUAAAUAAAAAAAGAGAUAAUAUACAAUUAUAUACACUAUAUUCAUAACAAAUAGUAACUUUGUAUGCAUGAUACAUAACAAAUAGUAACUUUGUAUGCAUGAUACAUAACAAAUAGUAACUUUGUAUGCAUGAUACAUAACAAAUAGUAACUUUGUAUGCAUAUACAACAUAAAUAGAAUGCUUGGUAUCCAAAAAUCAGUUAAAUAAUUUCUCAUUGGAACACUUUAAGAUGGUAACACUUCAUUCAUCAAACUCAUAAAUCAGACAGCGAAUUAGAGCACCUCCAGGAUAAAGGUUAGCUUUGAAGUGUUUGGUAAAUAUUCUGCAGUCCUAGGUUUGUUUAUCGAGACGUUUCACUGCCCGUCACUGUGAGCUGUGAUUAUUAGAGGACUAAGAAGUCAUGACAAAGUCACUGAAGCUGAAUCGAUGCUGUUGAUCUUUCCGCUUUGAUGGCAGAAAAUAAAUCUCCCACCACAACACACAAGUUUGGCAUUUGCGGUAUUUAUAACCACAAAGGAAGUGGUAAAAACUGCUUACACCACUUCUGUUAUCAUCACAGUAAUCAGGAACAAGAGUUUACCAAAAUUCAACUCUGCUGCAAAAUCAAAACUCUCGUCUGAGGACAUUUUAAGUGCUUCUGCUUCUGUAAACCAUCCCAGUCAGCAGAAUGAACUCUUUUAUUGAAGGCGUUUACACUUAGUCCACUGAUUAACAUGAAGGAUAAUGAGUAACGUGAAGAAUGUAACGAGGAGGAGGUGGUCUGCGUGGAGUUUGUGACACAUUGAUCAUCCCGCCGUGUUGCCUAACAGCUCUGUGUGUCUGUGCCGCAGGAUGAAGAGCCCAUUAAACUCAAAAGGGGAAGCGUGAACGGACAGAAAGAUGUCGCUCCGGCUGGUAUGUGCGACACACACGCUCCUGCAGACUCACACACGCGUCCAGUAUGAGUCAGAAAGCUGAAAUGACGCCGAAAUAAACUUCUGCCUAACAACUUACCGGUGAAUCAUGACUGUAAAGGAGAGAGGUGAAGCAAUGUGACGCAGUGUGAAAACCUGCAGCAGCCUUUUUGUGCUCACAGGUGUUAUAAAAUCUGAUAAGGAACACAAGUGUAAAGAUAAUUGAAUGAACAUGUUAUUCUUUAAUUGGGUGCACUCUGGGUUAGGUGAAGACUUUAAACGUGAGCUCAUUUUCACAGAGAGGUAAUGUUUGAAAGAAAGCAGCCGGCCUGUCUGCUUCCAUGUAGGCUUGAAAGCUUCUUUCAACCGUCCGUCUCUGUGUUUAUAAAGCCGCACUUCACCUGCGUAAACACACUUCAACACUCGGCACUACUUGCGUGACUGUUUGUCUUGUUUCCUUUUUUUUUGUCCGCGCCUCAACAGAAACAGAGACCGAGCUGAAUGUUGAAGUGGCUUUUUCAGAGCAGGCGCUCACUUACAGGGACAUCCACCAAAGGUUAAAGGUCAACGCGGGCCCCAACUCACCCGACGACAAACUGCCGGUGAGUCACGCACAUUUAGACGAUGAAUACUUCCUCUAAAUAUAUCUAAAAAUAUUUGCUCUUUGCAUAUGUAAAGCCACUUUGCAUUGUUGUCUCUUGACGUGUUAAAACAGAGCUUGUAUUAGUUAAUUAUUGAUUAUCCCAGGUGAUCAUUGUGGGCGAAUGAUUACCACAGAUCACAGAUAUAGGAAUCUAACAACAGAAAUAGAAUAAUACUCCACACACAGUUGUUUUAUUUCUGCUCUAUAUGACCUCAAAUGACCCUAUUACCUCAUGAAGUCCUUUAUUAAAUCUCCAAAAGAAGAAAUUGCUUCGUUUAAUUCAAGUGUGGUCACAUUGUUUGAGUUGUUUUGUACACAAUUUGUCCUUAAUAUAAAAGUAGGAUGAAGUGUUUAAUGUACAUUAGAGAACAAACUACAUGUAGUUGGCUGGUUAAAUGGAUAAUAAACGGUUAAUUUGGACUUCCAUUGAGUUGCACAUCAGCAGAAAGCAUUGUUUGUGUUCUAAGUAGUGGUAUGUAGCACCAUCUGCUGGUUGAUGCCGGUAUAAUUAUGUGAUCAUAAAAUAAAUCUCUCACCUGCAGUUAGAGUAAAUUUAUAAAAGAGGAAGCAGAACUUGUUUUGUUACUUAAUUCUGGUUUAAAGUUCCCCCCACAGUCACUAACCUCGUCCUCUCUGUUUUCCUUCCUUUCAUUAGAACUUUAAGCUGCUCCGGGAUAAAACAGGUCAGACCAGAAUAGGAGAUCUGUCUCCUCUGGAUAUGAAAAAGGUAAUGCGGUUGCAUGGCAGUAUUUGUUUGUAUAAGCCAUGUUUGUUUUGUCCCUUUGAGGACAAACUGUUUUAUAACAGACAAGGAAGUUGGGUUCAGUUACCAGUAUAAUAUAAUUCAUACAAACACAAAUUUUACUGUAGUAGUAGUGUGUAGUUCACAUUGUUGUGCGUGUCUGUUGUUCUGUCAGGUGCGUAGAUUGGUUCUGGUGGAGAUGACGGCUCUGUUUGACACAGCUGGGAUCGACCCCAAGGCUCACAAAGCCGUCAAAAUCAAGACUAAAGGUAGAGCACACUGACACUGUAUCAACACAGACUCAUAGAGCUGAGGGAGCACCGAAGGUUAAAUUAGACUAAAAGUAAACACUCAGUGACGUUUACCAAGUCACACACAGACAGAGGAUGAGUAUUUGCCUGUACCGCCAGUUAUAAAAACAUCUUAAAAAUAGUUAAAGUGACAACAAAUAGCAUUCACAUUUCAUUUUCUGUCUGAAUAUAUUCACGUCAAACUCAAUAUUUGUGCUUGUGUGUGCAGAGAGCGGUCUUUUUGGUGUUCCCCUCACCACUUUACUGGAUCAGGACCAGAAGCGGGCUCCUGGAACCAAAGUGCCAGUCAUACUGCAGAGGGUGAGCAAGUCAGCCUGUCACCAGAGCAAAUGAUAAAUAUGAAUUUAACAACUGUAAUCCAUUUAACUUUCAUGUAUAAACCUCACCAUUGAUAGUAAUACAGUUCUGAAUGAAGCGUAUCCAACUGUACUUUUCUUUACAUAAACAUGAUCUCUGUUUUGUUUCCUUUUUCAGCUCAUUAGUCAUAUUGAGGGGGAGGGGCUAGAUACAGAGGGGCUGCUACGGAUCCCCGGAGCUGCAACUAGAGUCAAGGUUAGCCACAGAAUUACCAUCUUUAAAGACACGUUUUAAAUUUGUUCUGAAUGAUCAAAUUAACAUAUUAAAUCAGUGUGAAUUCUCAUUAUUAUUGCCUGAUAUUGUGAUGGUUACAUUGUCCCGAAUCAGUCGCUGUGCCAGGAUCUUGAGUCCUCUUUCUACGAUGGGAUGUUCCCAUGGCAACAGCUGAAGCAGCACGAUGCUGCUAGCCUUUUGAAGCUGUUCAUCAGGGAGUUACCCCAUCCAUUACUCACCGUGGAGUACCUCAACGCAUUUCUGGCCGUCAACAGUAUGUACAGCACCUGUUCAUGAAUUAUUCUGCUUAAUCUCUAGAUUAGCAGCAGCUUUAUGUCUUUACGAGGGAUAAACUUUACAUUAAGCGCUGUUCUCUUUUUCUAUGUGUGUCGACAGAGCUCCCCACAAAGAAGCAACAGCUGCAGGCUUUGAACCUGUUGAUCCUUUUGUUACCUGAGGCCAAUCGGGAUACUUUGAAGGUAGAUUCACACAAGAGCAGCUUCCAUCCUGACGAUUAAAAAAAUCCCUGUUGUUGCUUAUUUGAUUUGUGUUUCCUUCACAGGCUCUGGUUGAGUUCUUCCAGCGUGUGAUUGACCACCAGGCCAAAAAUAAAAUGACUCUCAACAAUGUCUCUGUUGUCAUGGCACCCAACAUCUUCAUGUUCAAAGGUUUCCGCUCCAAAGUUACGGAACAGCAGGAGUUCUCCAUGGCAACCAGUACUGCUAACAUCGUCCGGUUAUUGAUAAGAUACCAGAAUCUUCUAUGGACGGUGAGAAUAUAAAAGAAUGGCGUAUACACUCAUAUUUCAGUCAUAAAAACAGCUCUGUUUUGUCAUUGCCACCAUGCGUACUUACUAAGAAAAACAUCUAUAUUUAACCUUAGAGUGGGGAGGAUAGAACACUGUAAACUAACCAAGGCUUUUGUCCGUGUCCCUCCAGAUCCCCAAGUUCAUAGUGACCCAGGUCAGACAACAAAACAUGGAGAGUCAUAGGAAACAAAAUAAAGAGAGGGCUGUAAGGAAACUCUUGAAGAAGAUGACCACCGAGAAAACAUCCGAAAAAACCAUCCCUGAGGUAAGAGUUGUACUUUCAUUAGGAAAUAAAAGCACUCCUUAUAACCUUACCAAGUAAUUCAUUAAUGAAUAACUCUGGGUCCAAAAGAGGCGUUAUGAUUAUUAAGAUAAUACAGCUAAUACAUACAUAGCUGUGUUUACUAAAUACCUUUUUAUGAACCUACAAUUGUCAUGACGUACGCUGGAGAGAUUGGUAAACUAGUGACAUCUAGUGGUGGUGUUUGGGAAAUCUUUUCCCUCUCUUUAACUAGUUUAUUGCUCCAACUUGCAUGUGGAUGUUGAGAAUAAAAUAGAGGUUAGUCUGAUACUGAAUCAAACAGGAACAAGAUUUCUGCUGAGCCAUUGUUCCCCUGCAAAGUAAAGUUUGAUUUAACUUAAACUAUUUUAAAUGACAGAAAAUUGGAAAAAGAGAGAAGAUGGGUGUUGUGUUUUCUUAAUUUAAGUGAAAUUCAGCCACAGCCAAUGACCUGAGCGAAUAUGAUAAUGACUAUUCAUCUGGUAUCUUGAUUGUUGUUGUACUGCAGCUUUACAUCAUUGUAGGCCAUGAAAAGACCCGACAAAGAAUAAGAAUUGAAAUAAGAAUAUAUUGGAUUAAAAUCAGAAGAGCAGCAUUCAGUGUGAUCAAAUUUGUACCUUUGUGCAGUGUGCAACCAUUAAAGUCAAGUAUAAUGAUAAGGACAACUGUGCUGAAAAAAACGGCAAGUUAAAAAGAAGUGAUGUACAAUAAAAAAAAAAGAAAAAAAGCUAGACUAAAUAAGAGCAAAUAUCAGUUUGAGUAUCAAACAGUGUUUUUAUAUAUGCUGUACAGACAAGUACAAGUGGAAGUAACUAUGGCAACACUUGACCCUUCCUGUACAGCGACAUGCUCUGAGGUCAGACUGUUUGGAUCUUAUUAAACAAAAGAGGAUUUAGAGUCCACAUUCUCAUUGUCCGAAGUUUCCAUCUUAGCUGAGUGAUUGUGUGACGCCGACUGCGUUUUGACCUCGUUUCUUGUGACGUGUUUAUCGCCGUUUUUACAUUUUAUCGUCUCUGUGUUUACGACCAGGAGGGUUCACAGGGAUUCAUACGAGUCCAAGCUCCACAGUUCAGUAAAGUGUCCAUGGCAGUUCAGCUGACUGAAGAGUUACAGGCUGCAGAUGUGCUGGUGCGCUUUCUCAGCCAGGACAGGUAAUGAUUUUACAGCACAAUCAAACAAUACACUAAAAAUACAGUAUAUUACCAUAGCUAAACUGCUCUUCUUUUCUUAUCCCUCCAGUUCGGUGGCCGUGAGAAAAGAUGAUCUGUGUCUCUAUGAGAUUGGUGGAAAUAUCAGUAAGCUCUGCAGCAUCUGACAUACAUUAUUCAUAAUAUUUGGAUUUAGUUUCUCUGCCAAUAAACCAAUAUUUUAGCCAACCUGCCAAAACGUAACAACUUCUUCUCAGUUAUAAUAUUUUCAACUCUUCAUGUCUCCUUUCUCCUUUAGAGGAGAGAUGUCUCGAUGGAGAAACCUUCAUGAAGGACCUGUUCCACCUGAACCCGACAGCAGAGUGGGUCAUCAAAUCUGUUCACAAAUAA